AUGAGUGUAGUCUAUGUGAUAGAUUUGCUGAUUGUGACAGGAGUGGUGAGACACCAAGGUGUGUCUGUAGGGUGGGCUAUACGGGUGAUGGAACAACAUGUACAGCAUUGAAUGCAUGUGAGGGCAACCCUUGUGGAUCCAAUGGCUAUUGUGAGAAUCUGAGGACAAGCUACAGUUGUAUAUGUUAUUCUGGAUACACAGGAACACAUUGUGAAACAGAUCUGAAUGACUGUAAGGUAAACACAAGUCUGUGUGAUGCAAGUCAAGACUGUGAGAACACUACUGUAGGCUAUAGGUGUCUCUGCGAACCUGGCUUCAUUGACAAUGAUGGAAAAUGCACAGAGAUACCUCUGUACCCCUAUGAAGGCAUUGGAGAGGUAAAUAAGGGCGAUGAUCCUGUUUAUGGACCUUUCUACAUAAGGGGAGGAAUAUCCUACUUUGGAAAGAUUUAUCAUCGACUUUUUGUGUCCAUGAAUGGCUACAUAUCCCUUGGUCAACGAUACAGUUAUACCCAACCCCCCUGGAACAAUCGAUUCCCCAGAGAUGAAGCCUUGAUUGCACCCUGGUUUACAGACAUUGAUACCACAAAAUAUGGUUACUUGUCCAUAUAUAACUACAAUGUUAUAGAUUCCAACCAAACUGCAAAAGUUAUUUUAGAACGAGCUAGUGAGGAUGGUACCAAAUAUGGUGUGGAUAGUAGUUUUACAGCAUCACAUGUAACCGUAGCAACAUGGUAUAAGGUGCCACCAUAUCCAGGCCAAACCCAGGAUGAGAAUGCCACAUUUCAAGUUGUUAUGGUGACAGAUAGUCGAGUAUCAUUUGUAUUAUAUAACUACCACCCCUCUGGUAUGGGCUGGAAUCCCAACAACAGUGGCAGACAAAUUCUAAUUGGGCACUCGGAUGGUGGAAAUAAUAGCAGAAGUAUAUACGAAAGGCCAAUAUCUACAGUCCACCAGAGGUCAAAUGUUGGAGAAACAGGGAGACAUUACUACAAGCUAGGUGAACGUACCGGCAAUGAUAACAUUAAGUGUUUAGAAUGGGUUGAGAAACAACCUAGCAAUAUUCGCGACCUAGCUAGGAGAGCUCAACCAUGUCCCUGUAGCUGGAAUCAAGCCAGACGAGACACACGUUUCACGGUUGAUAGAGGGAGCAUGUGUGUGGAGACAAAUAGCUGGAACAACAGAAGAUCACGACGCCCCAGACAGAAGUGUUGUUAUGACAGAAAUGGUGCAAUAAAACUGGGCUAUCCAGGAGGAGGCUAUCCCAUCAUAGAUGGUAGUGAAGAAAAAGGUUACCAGGAUUGUUGUACAAAUUCGAACUUAUGCCAUCUUUUCUACAAACAGAGACCUUCAAAUGGCUGCUCGGGAUAUGUGCCUCCAAGAUGGGGUUCUGGUCGUGGAGACCCCCAUCUUAUUACUCUUGACAGAGAUGAGUACACAUUUAAUGGCCUUGGGGAAUAUGUCUUGAUGAAAGUAAAUGAAACGGUACCAGAUCUUGGUUACCUGGUGGAUUUCAAGCUGCAAGGACGUACAGAGAAACUGAAUCCUACAGACAAUGCAACUGUAUUCACAUCAUUUGCAGCUAAGGAUGGAACAUCAGAUAAUAUUGAAGUAAAACUAAAAGAAACAAGUAUAGAAAUCAUCGUAAAUGGGGAAACCCCCAUUACAAUAGCUGAUGGUAAACGUGAGGAAUUCAACAAUGUUUCAGUCGAAAACCGUGAAAAUGAGAUUAUCGUGCAGUUUGCAAAUGACAUUGGUCUUAAGGUGAAGGUUGGCCAAGGAUUGUUAACAUAUGUCGUCUCUGUGCCAACAUACUAUAAGGGCCACACCCAGGGACUUCUGGGAAAAUUCAAUGGUGACGGAGAGCUCUUCAUGCCAAAUGGGACCAAACUAGAAUUCACUAGAGGCAACUUAACUGAACAGGGUUAUUUCAAUUAUGGCCAAACAUGGAUGUUAACGUCUGAGACAGAUUCUCGGUUUUCAUACACGGAUAAGAGGUUUGAAGACUACAAUGUUCCAAGUUUUGUCCCAAUAUUUUUUGCUGAUAGAAUAGGGGACAAAACGGAAGUCGUACCUGAUAAGGUUAAAGAGACUUGUGGUGACAACCUUCAGUGUCAGGUUGAUUAUAUGGCUACAAAUAAUGAUAAGGUUGCUAAAGAAACUAUUGUUGAUGGCGAUCGUAUUGCAGAGGACACUAGUAUCUUAGAGCACAGGCCCCCUGUGUUUGUUGAGAUAGAAGAUGCAUUGAACAUCACCAUAAAUGAGAGAUAUAUAAGGAAGCUCCAUGUUAACCUUACUGGAGAUGUCACUGUUGUGUUUUCAAUUGAAACAACCCUGCCUAAUGUAACAAUAAACUCAACAACAGGCGAAAUAUUUUGGAACCCUACAAUUGAGUAUCGCAACAUCUCUGGAUACGCCAAGUUUUACGCCACUGAUUCCAAAAAUGCAUCAUCAGAAUACUGGCCUGCCAUCUAUGUUUGUGCUUGUAAAAAUCCUUCACAAUGCAACCUUGACUACUUAAAUGAAAAUGAGGUGGAAACAAAUGAAAACAAGUUCUAUAGGGCUCAAUGUAACUGUAGUUCAGGAGCUAUAGGUGAAUUCUGUGAGAUUGAAGAGUGUGCACCUGGAUCCUGUUAUCCGAAUGUAACAUGUACAGUUGAGCCUAAUUUACCCAAUGGCUUCAAAUGUGGACUCUGCCCCAGUGGCCUCCAGGGAAAUGGCCAGAAAUGCUUUGAUGUUGAUGAGUGUUUUGAAAGGACAUCUAUGUGUAACCAGACAUGCCACAACUACCCAGGUGGCUACAAUUGCAGCUGUGAGUCUGGCUACAGGAUAGCAUCUGAUGGCUUUAUGUGUGAAGAUAUAAAUGAGUGUACAGACACAGAAAUAGCACAUAACUGUACCAAUCCAGGUCAAUACUGUGUGAACACCAUAGGGGCUUACUUCUGUGCCUGUGAUGUAGGAUACGCCAAUGAUGGAACAACAUGCACUCAAGCCUCUCACCAAUAUGGCGGUCAACUUCAGUUUAUUUCAAUCCCUGAUGCUACAAAAGGACAGAUGUGGACAAUUGAUCUUCUCGACCCUACAUCUAAGGCCUAUGCGGAUCUUGCCACUAAAGUGCACACUGUUGUGGAUGGUAUAUAUAAGAAUAGUACAUUGAAGACCAGUUACGUCUCUUCCCAGGUCUACGAGUUCAGCCAAGGAAGUAUUAUUGCCAGAUUCAACAUUUUCUUCUCUGGACGCCAAGAUAUCCCAACGGUUGAUCAGAUUUUGCAAGAUCGUUUAGAUGAUUGUCCCUCAAGCCCUUGCACCCUAACAGUUUCUGAUACCACUCUUAUUGGGGUCAAUAGUAGCACAUCUACUGUACAAGAAAAGGAUCUUUGUGUCUCGUCCCUAGACAACAACUGUGAUAAGCAGUCAACCAACUGCACUUCCUCUGAAGGAGUCUUUUCCUGUUCCUGUAAAACAGGGUUCGAACCCAGAGACAAACCCAGUGAGGCAAAUAUUUGCAAAGAUAUCAAUGAAUGUAAUUUGGAGCCCAGUGUUUGCACAAACAGCAAUUGUACUAAUCUUCCAGGCAGCUUCUCCUGUAACUGUAACUUUGGAUUCAAAGCUUUUAAUAUAACAUAUUGUGAAGAUGUAUGUAAGAGUAAUCCAUGUCAAAAAGGUGGACAAUGUCAAAAAGAAAGGAGCUCAUAUCGAUGCAUAUGUCCUGCCGGUAUAUCGGGCAAAAACUGUGAGAAUGAAGAUGCUGCUGCUCAGAGGUUGCGUUUAAUUGCUAUUGGUGUGGGGGCGGGAGUUGGAGCUUUCUGCCUUGUGCUCAUCAUCAUAAUCGUUGUCCUCUGCUGCAGAAGACGACGUCAAGACAAACCUGAGUCAAACUUUGAAAAUCCAACCUACGGGACAGCAUAUCGUGAUGGGGUAUCCUCCCAUGUUGUGAGCCUAGAUUCCUGGAACCCCAGUAUGCUCCCUAGGGCCAAGCUUAAAUCAGGGGCUGGGCCAGAUCUAGAAAUGCAUGAAAAUUCUGUCAGCCAAGAUAGGUUUAUGGAUGAUGAUGUCAGAUAUGCAGAUCCAUCUAAAAUUACAACAUUUAAUACACCAAAUCCAGGACGACAGGACCCCCUAUUUGAUAAUCCAGCAUUUAGCCCUGAUGAUCAACCAAUUUCAAAUCGAGGCGUCAUUUCAUAUGUUAGAAACAGUCCAAACAAUAGAGUUAAUAAUAACACAAGAGGCAAUGAUUAUUUCUAGUAGAAAUAGUCACAGGACAUGGUCCAUUGAAUUUCUAGUACAAAUUGGUAUACGACAUAGCCACUGGGAUUUCUAUAGAAAGGGGCAUAGGACAUAGUCCAUUGGACUUCUAGUGGAACUAGGCACAGGACACAGUCCCACAAAUUUCCAGUAGAAAUAGGCAUGUGGACAAAAUCCAUUGAAUUUCUAGUAGAAAUAGGCACAUGGACACAGUCCAUUGAAUUUCUAAUGUGGCUGAUAAGUCUAUUGUCCAUGCACUAACACAUGAACAACUAUUUUAGGAAGUAUUCUUUGUAUUGAAAAUGGAUAUUAAAAAAAUUAUUAAAAAGAAAUAGGCACAGAACACAGUCCAUCGAAUUCCUAGUAGAAAUAGGAAUAGGUAGAUCUUGGACACAAUCAAUUUAACUUCAGGGAGUGAACAAGACAAACAAUAUUCUGUAACUGCAUUGGCAUUAAUAAAUAGUGAUCUCCCUAGGUUUUCAUUUAGUUUAGUACGGUGCUUAAGUAAUUAGCUCAUUAUAGUCAAAAUAAUUCAAUAUUUUAUCCCUUUGACUAAGUCGAAACAUACCUUCAACAGGAUGGUAUGCAAUUGUUGAAUUUUCGACAUGGUUCACAUGUGAACAAAGAGAGAGAGAGAAAGAUGUUAAUAUAAUAUUCAAGAGUGUAUGAAAUCGUAUCUACAAGUAUAUUACUUUUUAAAUCAAUAUAUUACAGUGAAACCUUUCUAAUCCAAAUGCCUCGUGGACCGUUGUCCAAAAGUGUUCAGAUUAGCAGGUGUUCACAUUUCAA